AUGGCACUCGUUAAUGACCAACCCAAUGAGCCUACUUACAUCUCUAAACAAAAUUCUUCUGAAGAUCUCUCAUCCCCUGAUAACUACGGAUUAGAUCACACCGAGGCAGCUUAUGCAGGCGGCGGCGAAGGAGGAGGCUCGGCCUCAAGUAGCAGCACCAUGAAUUCUGAUCAUCAACAGACUCAAGGGUUCGUGUUUUACCCUUCCGGUGAAACCAUUAAUGAAGAUCAUAAUUCUUUGAUGGAUUUCAACAAUUCGUCAUUCCUAAGCUUUGAUCAUCACCGGAGCUUUAUCCCUCCGGCAUUGGUCUUGGACGGGAACAUGAGCUACGGCUACACAGGUUGGAGUCAUAAUCAGUUCGAUAGUCUUAGCCCUAGAGUCAUCAAAAAUCCGAAUUGCUUUGAAACUACGAGUAGUUUCGGAUUAAGUAAACAAGUGACAAACCAAGGAAAUGGAGACUGGCUAUAUUCUGAUUCAACCAUUGUAAACACCGGCUCAAGGAACGAGUCCACGUCUCCUAAACCGGCUGGAAAUAAACGUCCUUAUAAGGGAGAGAACACUCAACCUUCCAAGAAGUCAAAUAUUGGUGCGAACGGGAAGGCCAAAUCUAAGGCAACAAUUUCACCUAAAGAUCCACAAAGCCUAGCAGCCAAGAACCGAAGAGAAAGGAUAAGCGAACGCCUCAAAGUAUUGCAAGAACUUGUACCCAAUGGCACCAAGGUUGAUUUGGUGACUAUGCUUGAGAAAGCAAUUGGCUAUGUCAAAUUUCUUCAACUACAAGUUAAGGUACUUGCAGCGGAUGAGUUUUGGCCUGCACAAGGAAGAAAAGCUCCGGACAUUUCUCAAGUUAAAGAAGCCAUUGAUGCAAUCCUGUCAUCAUCACAACGAGAUAGGAACUCGAACUAA